AUGUACCUCACAACUCUACCCUCACCCAAAACCCCAAUCACCCCCAAAACCCUAACCAUCCCCCUCACCUUCUUCUUCACACACUACUCCACCUCAGCCUCUCACCUCGACCAAAUCAGCGUAGACAACACACCCUACUGGACCAAAACCAUCCACCACCUCUGCACCCGCCACCGCAAUGUCGACCAAGCCCUCCACCUCCUCGACCACCUCCACCUCCGUGGCUACCGCCCCGUCCCCCUCAACCUCACCUCCAUCGUACACGCUCUCUGCGACUCCCACCGCUUCGACGAAGCCCACCACCGCUUUGCCAACUCCAUCCACUCCGAUUGCGUCCCUGACCAGCGCACUUGCAACGUCAUCAUCGCUCGCCUCCUCGAUUCCCAAACCCCGCACACCACCUUAAAUGUUCUUCGCCUCUUGAGUCAUUUAAAGCCUGAUUUCGUUGCCUCUUUGGUCAAUUACAACCGUCUGAUGGAUCAGCUCUGCUCGCUCCGGCGGCCCAGUGAGGCUCAUACAGUACUAUUUGAUAUGAUGAGCAGAGGGCAUUGCCCGAAUGCGGUUUCCUAUACAACGUUGAUCAAUGGGUACUGCGGAAUGGGCGAGUUAAGUCAUGCACACAAGGUGUUUGAUGAAAUGUGUGAGAGAGAAGUAGCGCCUAAUUCGAUGACUUAUAGUGUUUUGAUUAGUGGAGUUCUUCGGAAGCGGGAUAUUCGGGGUGCGGUGGAAAUGAUGGGGAAGUUAUGGGAGGCAAUGAAGGGUGAAGAUGACACUCUUGUGAAAAAUGCUGCUUUUUCGAAUUUGAUUGAGUCCAUGUGUAGAGAAGGGUAUUUUCAAGAAGUUUUCGGUAUUGCGGAAGAUAGGCCGCAGGGGGAGAGUGUGAAUGAGGAGUUUGCUUAUGGGCAGAUGAUCGAUUCGCUUUGUAAAGCCGGAAGAUAUCAUGGGGCGUCGAGGAUUGUGUACAUCAUGAGGCAUAGAGGGUUUGUGCCACGCGUAACGUCGUAUAAUUGUAUUGUGCAUGGACUGACCAAGGAAGGAGAGGGAGGUGUUAUGAGGGCUUACCAGUUGUUAGAGGAAGGAAUUGAGUUUGGUUACUUGCCGUCGGAGUACACUUACAAGGUUCUAGUGGAAGGUCUGUGCCAAGAAUCAGACGUUGACAAGGCGUGGCAAGUUCUUCAAUAUAUGUUGAGGAAGGAAAGAGUGGACAAAACCAGGAUGUAUAAUAUAUAUUUGAGAGCUCUGUGUCUUGCUAAUAACACUACUGAGCUCUUGAACACGCUUGUUUCGAUGCUCCAGACAGAAUGUCAGCCUGAUGUGAUCACGCUGAACAUUGUUGUCAAUGGGUUCUGCAAGAUGGGGAGAGUGGAAGAAGCUUUAAAGGUACUGGAUGAUAUGAUGACCGGAAAAUUUUGCGCGCCAAAUGUAGUGACCUUCACAACUAUCAUAAAUGGUUUGUUAAAUGUUGGUAGAACGCAAGAAGCUCUUUAUAUACUGCAUGAUGUGAUGCCUCAGAAAGGUUUUCGCCCUAAUGUUGUGACAUAUAAUGCUGUUCUUCGUGGUUUGUUCAAACUUGAUCAAGGAAAGCAAGCAAUGGAGAUUUUUAAUGGCAUGGUAACUGAGGGUGUGGCUGCUAGCAGUACCACUUACACUAUUAUUAUUGAUGGGUUAUGUGAGUCUGAUCAGCUAGAAGAGGCUAAAAGGUUUUGGGAUGACGUUAUUUGGCCCUCACAGAUCCAUGACAAUUUUGUAUAUGCGGCCAUCAUCAAAGGGAUCUGCCAUUCAGGAAAUUUUGAUGAGGCAUGUCAUUUCCUUUACGAACUUGUAGACUCUGGGGUCUCUCCGAAUAUAUUCAGUUACAACAUUGUGAUCGACACUGCUUGCAAAUUAGGUCUCAAGAAAGAGGCCUAUGAAGUCGUAAGAGAGAUGAAAAGAAAUGGGUUGUCUCCAGAUUCUGUAACAUGGAGGAUUCUUGAUAAGUUUCAUGGGAAUGCAAGGAAAGAAUUUGGGGAUGAUGAGGAUUCACAAUCAAGAAGUCGACCGCAUGGAUAGGUGAACAGGAAUAUAUGUGAUAAUGGAGCACACCUUAAAGAAGAACCGUCAUAAAGAGGA